AUGCGCAGUGCUGCCGUCAUUGCUGGGGCCCUGGCCCCGGCUGUCCUCGCCGCCACCACGGCCAAGAACGUCAUCUAUAUUGUGCCCGAUGGCUACGGCCAGGCCUCGCAGACCAUGGCACGAGACUAUGUCUCCCUCAUCGAGACUGGCACGACGCCGCGUGCCCCCAGUAUCUUUGAGCUGCAGGCCGACCAGAUGGUCCGCGGUCUGGUCCGUACCCACGCCAGCAACAACCUCAUCACCGACUCUGCUGCUUCCGGUACCGCUUUUGCCUGUGGCUUCAAGUCUUACAACAAUGCUGUCGGCAUCACUCCUGAUUUUCAGCCCGUUGGCUCCAUCCUCGAGGCUGCCAAGCUUGCUGGCCUCAAGACUGGUCUCGUCGUGACGAGCACCAUCAACCACGCCACCCCUGCCGUCUACGCCUCGCACGUGCGCGACCGCAACAGCUAUGCCGAGAUCGCCGCCCAACAGAUCGGCCUGACCCACCCCCUCGGCCCACAGGUCGACAUCCUGCUCGGCGGUGGCCGCUGCUACUUCAAGCCCAACACGGCUUCCGGGUCGUGCCGUCGCGAUACCAAGGAUCUCUUUGGCUACGCCGAGGACCACGGCUACCAUGUCAUGCAGAGCCGUGACGAGUUCGAUGCGCUUGAGAAGGGUCUCGGUGACGUCCGGAUCCCCUUUGUCGGCCUCUUCAACGACGACCAGCUUAAGUAUGAGAUGGACCGCAAAAUUGACCAGGACGAGCCUUCGCUCCUCGAGAUGGUCGAGACGUCUCUCAACGCCCUUCACCGUGCCACCCACUGCAAGGAGAAGGGAUACUUCAUCAUGAUCGAGGCCUCGCGUAUCGAUCACGCCGGCCACGCCAACGAUCCCGCGGCCCACGUCCACGAGACCAUCAUGUACAACGAUGUCAUGGGCUUUUGCGGCGGGCUGACGCUCAACGGUUUCAACCCUCUGCCGCUGCAGAAAGCUAGGCGCUCGCGCGAGGGUGUUGAGCGCCUCUGGAGUGCUCGUCCCUCGGGUGCCGACCGUCGCGAGUACCUUGUGUCCGAGAUUCUUCCCGAGUACGGCCUCGCCGACGCUAGCAGCGCCGAGAUCACGAGCCUGCUCGCAGCGUCGAACCUAGGCAGCGCACUCGUCUCUCUGCUCAGCUCCCGCGCCGGUGUCAACUGGUCGACAGGCGGCCACACGGCGUCAGAUGUGACGCUGUUUGGAUAUGCCGCGGGUGACAAGGCUGAGGCGUUCAAAGGCGAGCUGGCCGGCCACUGGGACAACACGGAGCUGCCGCGUAUCGCCGAGAGGGUGCUUGGCGUGGACAUGGACGAGGUGACGAAGCUUCUGCGCGCCAACGGCACGAGCUGGGUGACGAAGCGCGAGUUUGAGACUAGCUCGAGUGGUCACCACACGCACUAG